AUGUCCGAAAAGUAUCCAGCCUUAGAUGAUGAACAAAUAAAUGCCUCUACUGAAAAUAUCGACGAAACUGAUUUCUUAAAGAGAGAAGCCGAUGUAUUAGGUGAUGAGUUUAAGACUGAGCAAGAUACUAAUCUGUUAGCUGAUGAUGCCGAUGAAUUCGGUGCAGAGAGUACCAAUGCGCCAGUAGGGAAUGUGGCUGACAAUGAUGACGAUGACGAAUUCUCUACAAUGCAAAGUUCAGCUACUGAGCCAGUAGCCUCUAUAGAGACUUCUCAGAACAGUCUGUCCAACCCAAAUGCUGAAAAGACAAUCAAUGAAUGGAAGGAUCGUACUGAGAAAGAGAUCACUGAGAGAGACGCUACACUAGAGAAAGAUAAAGCUCAAUUACAAGAAGACGCUGUGAAGCACAUCGAUGACUUUUAUGAGACUUACAAUACAAAGAAACAACAACAAAUUGACAGUACGAGAAAGGAUGAAGAAGAUUUCUUGAAGAAAAGGGACGAAUACUUUGCCCAAGAUAAUACCACAUGGGAUCGUGUAUUGCAAUUGAUCAACCAAGAUGACGCUAACGUUGUCGGAGGUAGAGAUAGAACUAAGUUCAAGGAGAUUUUACAAAGACUGAAGGGUAAGACUGAUGCACCAGGUGCUUAA